GGCAACUCCUCAAUUCCUCUCCUCCUUCAAGUACGGCGACAGCCUGACGGUGGUCGGGAUAUCCCUCUGUACCGCCGUCGUCUGCGAGGCAUCUCCUGGAUCUUGAUCUACCGCACCAGCUCCUACAAGUCCCUCAAAUCCUCCAUCGACAAAGCUUCGAAGAAGCUGGAGACCAUGAAAACCGACACAACCAAGAUCGUGACGAAGAAAUCCAAUUCCAAGAAGAUCAAUCGCGUGGAGACCUCGCUCAAGGAGUCAAGCCGCGACCUAUCCCUCUUCAAGUUCAAAUCGGGAGCCGUGGUAGCACUUGUUCGGGCUGUUGAAUUCCAUGUUCCAAGGUAA